ACUGUAAUUUCCCUGAUUUAUAUAUAGAAGGAGGUGAAUAUGUUCCUCAGCCACACGCUGUAUAAAAGGGGCAAGCUUGUCUGGCUCCCUCACAGGCUGCCACAACUGGGAAAGGGUGUAUUUCCCUCCAGCUGGAACUAUGGACACAUCAUACCCUCGUGAAGACUACCUGCCCAUGACGUCCCACAAGCAAGAACCAUCUCCAACGGUCAUCACCAUGAGGCCUCCGAUGGUCCCACGUGACUACAUGACUUGGUCCAUCUUCAACACCAUCUACAUGAACCUCUGCUGUCUUGGCUUUGUAGCUCUUGCCUUCUCGGUCAAGGCACGUGACCAGAAAGUGGCCGGUGACCUUGAAGCUGCCCGUCACUAUGGCUCCAAAGCCAAAUGCUACAACAUCCUUGCCACAAUGUGGAAUGUGGCACUGCCAUUAGUCCUCAUUGCUCUGGUGGUCACGGGGGUCCUCCAUCUCUCUAAGCUCGCUCAGGACUCCAUGGACUACUUGGCUUACAGACUCUUUCCUACUGAAGAUGAAGAUAAGAAGUGAGCAGAUGCCUUCAGCAUGCCUGGCAAUGUCUUUGUGACCAUUUAGAGACUCAGCUGGUGUAACCUAAAGACUGCACAACACAAAACAUCUGUGAAUUCUAAUUCAGGUCAUCCAGUUCAUGGCACCAAUGCAUUGACGUAUUUUGGGAGACAUUUCACAGCUCAUAUUUCAUUGGGAAAAUUCAGCUGAAGUAGACAGCUUCUUCUUCAUACACUCAAGGCUGAGCUUGUCUACACCAUUGUUCCCCCCCUCGCCCACUGUACCUACCGUAAAGCUUCCUUCUCCAUUGCUCCUUUUUAUUUCUAGAUUUCUGCCCUCUUUUUCUUUGCUGGUCUGACAGACAGCAACAGCAAAGAAAGCACACAGCCAUUAGGGGGAUUUAAUAUGCUCUCUGAACUGCUUAUUACUGUAUAUGUAUCAAUAUGAAAACAUAGCCCUGCAUAUUGUUAAAUUAUUUCCCGUGAGGGUAUUUUCACAGUCACUUUUCAUAUAAGGAGAACUAUGCAUGUAUCCACUGAAGGUGUUAACAAUCAUAAAUUUUUGUACAGUUGAUCUGUUAUUCAUUGGUGAGACCUCAGCACAAGGGAUAUUUUACAGUAUUGGGAAGUUAAUUAAUCCUUAACCACACUAUUCAAACUUCUCUAGAGAAACAUAUUUAAUCUUACUAUCCCAGAGAAGGCCAUCAUCAAUGUCCUUUGCAUUAUCUUAACAACUCAGGUGCUUAAUACCUUAGAACAGGCUCUUACCACCCACUGCUCUCCAGAUGUAUCAAACUGUAACCUCCACAAUCCUCAGCAAACACAGCUAUACACAUCUGGAUGGCACUGGACUGGAGAAGGCUGCCUUAGAAUCUUCCUUAGAGCCCUCAUUGUUUCUUUCCUUGUAACUGAU